AUGAAGGAAGAAACAAAGAUGAGGGAAUUAAGGAUGGAAGCUAUAAUGAGAGCCAUUAAGUAUGAAGAAACAGCAAGGAAUGCGAAAAAGAAGCUUGUAGUAGAAUGCAUAAAAAAACUAGAAAAAGAGGUAAGACGUAGGGAGGAAAGCAAAUGGGAAAAAAGGAGAAAAAAAGUGUUGGAGGAGACCGAAAUAAGAAAGGAAGAAUUGAAGGAAAAGAGAAAAAAGGAAGAAACGAAGAAGAUAGUACAGAAAAUGAUGGAAGAAAUAGCAAGAAAAGAAGAGCAAAUAAGAAGAAAGGGGAUAGAUGAAUCUAAGUAUAAUGAAAUAUAUAAAAAUAUAAUGACAGAAGAAACACCAACAUAUUUGAGAGGAAAAAGAAACAAGAAAGAAAGGAAUAUGAUAGCGAGAUACAGAUGCGGGAACGAAACGAAAGAGAGCCAGCACUGGUUGGAGAAGGCAGAAAGGAGAUGCAGAAUAUGCAGAGAAGGAAUAGAAAAUAUGUUACAUAUUUUGAAAGAAUGCGAAGAGACAAAGGACGGAAUAACAUUAGAAGAAUUUUUGAAAAAAGAUGGAAAAGGAAGGGAUGUAAUAAAGAGGAUAAACAGAAUAAGAGAAGAAAAGAGACUGGAGGAGAAGGGAAAGGAAACGGAAGGAAAAGCUAAAGCCAAAGAAUAA